AUGUUCUUGGGGGCCCCAAACCGCUCCCCCGUGGCAGCAAUCCCUCCUCCCAACGCCACGCCUCCAUCUGCCCGCCGACGCGUCCGACCUCCGCGCCGGCGCGGACGACCAGCGCGGCGACGCAGACGACCUGCGACUGCCGCGGACGGCCAGCGCGCGACCCCCGACGACCAGCGCGCUGCCGCGGACGGCCAGCGCGGCCCCGCCGACGACCCGCGCACUGACGCGGACGGCCAGCGCGGCCCCGCCGACGACCCGCGCGCUGACGCGGACGGCCAGCGCGGCCCCGCCGACGACUCGCGCGCUGACACGGAGUGCCAGCGCGGCCCCGCCGACGAGCCGCGUGCUGACGCGGACAGCCAGCGCGCGGCCACGAACGAACCGCGCGCCACCGCGGACGGCCAGCGCGUGGCCGUCGACGCCCCUGCGCCGACGCGGACGGCUGGCGCGCAGCCGCGGCUGAUCUGCCCGCCUGGUUAUACACUCCGCUCCGUCGUAUUCCAGGAGGAAGGCGGACUCCAGCCCAUCGCCCCUUCUGCCCCCACCGGACCUCCUCCUGAUGAGCCCGGACCUGAGCCCGAGCCCCCUGGUGAUCCUCCCUCCUUCGCACCGGAUGUCAACAAUCCUCAAAGCGUGGAAACUGCCAUCCGUGCCUACCGCAACACACUCAACGACCACCUUCGCCGUCAACUGCGCUAUGAGGACGACAAGCGCGCCUACGACGAGGCUGCUGCCCGUCACCGCGACUACCACGCCCAACUCACCACGUACACUACACGCCUCGCUAACUACACCUCCGACAUCGCUGCGUGGCGCAUUGCUGACCGUCGAGCUCUCGCCAUCCUCCUCGCCACUAUCCCCUCCUCCCUCAAGCGAGAACUCUCACCCACCUCCUCCUCCCACCUGUGGCAACUGCGGAGAUAA